CGGCGGGAGUGCGGCCGUUUGAGGGAGGGCAGACUGGGACGGGGGGGGUGGGGAGGCGGGGGCAGUAGUCAGACUCCGGCGGGGAGGCUCCCGGCAGCGGCGACCGAGCAGCGGGGACAGGACGCGGCCAGCCCCCCCACCCCCUUCCCCGGAGCCCUUCGGCGGUGCCUGAGCCAGCGGCGGAGAGGAUGCCGUCGGUCAGCCUGCCGCCCAAGGAGAACGCGCUCUUCAAGCGCAUCCUGAGGUGUUACGAACAUAAGCAGUAUAGAAAUGGGCUGAAGUUCUGUAAACAGAUCCUUUCUAACCCAAAGUUUGCGGAACAUGGAGAAACCUUGGCAAUGAAAGGACUAACAUUAAACUGUCUAGGGAAGAAAGAGGAAGCUUAUGAACUUGUGCGUAGAGGCCUAAGGAAUGACUUGAAGAGUCAUGUCUGUUGGCAUGUCUAUGGCCUUCUUCAGAGGUCAGACAAGAAGUAUGACGAAGCUAUCAAAUGCUAUAGAAAUGCACUGAAAUGGGACAAGGACAAUCUUCAAAUCUUGAGAGAUCUUUCUCUGCUACAGAUUCAAAUGAGGGAUCUUGAAGGUUACAGGGAAACAAGAUACCAGUUGCUUCAGCUCCGACCUGCACAGCGAGCGUCAUGGAUUGGUUAUGCUAUUGCUUACCAUCUGCUGGAAGACUAUGAAAUGGCAGCAAAAAUUUUAGAGGAAUUUAGGAAGACACAGCAGACAUCACCUGAUAAAGUGGACUAUGAGUACAGUGAACUACUGCUUUAUCAAAAUCAAGUUCUCCGGGAGGCAGGACUACAUAAAGAAGCUUUGGAGCAUCUUUGUACCUAUGAGAAGCAGAUCUGUGAUAAACUAGCCGUUGAAGAAACUAAAGGAGAACUCUUGCUUCAGCUUGGCAGACUUGACGAAGCAGUUGAAGUCUACAAAGGACUGCAAGAAAGAAAUCCUGAGAACUGGGCCUACUACAAAGGCCUAGAAAAGGCACUUAAACCAGCUAACAUGAUGGAGAGGCUUAAGAUCUAUGAAGAGGCCUGGACUAAAUACCCAAGGGGACUAGUUCCAAGAAGAUUACCAUUAAACUUUUUGUCGGGUGAAAAGUUUAAGGAAUGUCUGGACAAGUUUCUAAGGAUGAAUUUCAGCAAAGGUUGCCCACCAGUCUUCAAUACUUUGAGGUCAUUAUAUAAAGACAAGGAGAAGGUGGCAAUCAUAGAAGAGCUCGUGAUAGGCUAUGAAACCUCUCUAAGAAGCUGCAGGUUAUUUAACUCAAAUGAUGAUGGUAAAGAAGAACCUCCAACCACUUUACUCUGGGUCCAGUAUUAUUUGGCUCAACAUUAUGAUAAAAUUGGACAGCCAUCCCUGGCUCUAGAAUAUAUAAAUGCUGCUAUAGAAAGUACUCCCACUUUGAUAGAACUCUUCCUUGUGAAGGCAAAAAUCUAUAAGCAUGCUGGAAAUAUUAAAGAGGCUGCAAGGUGGAUGGAUGAGGCUCAGGCUUUGGACACAGCAGACAGAUUUAUCAACUCCAAAUGUGCAAAAUAUAUGUUGAAAGCAAACUCCAUUAAAGAAGCGGAAGAAAUGUGUUCUAAGUUUACGAGGGAAGGAACCUCGGCAGUAGAGAACUUGAAUGAAAUGCAGUGCAUGUGGUUUCAGACGGAAUGUGCGCAAGCUUACAAAGCAAUGAACAAAUUUGGAGAAGCACUUAAGAAAUGCCAUGAAAUUGAGAGACAUUUUGUAGAAAUCACAGACGACCAGUUUGACUUUCACACUUACUGUAUGAGGAAGAUUACCCUUAGGUCUUAUGUGGACUUGUUAAAACUAGAAGAUGUCCUUCGACAACAUCCGUUCUACUUCAAGGCAGCACGAAUUGCCAUAGAGAUAUAUUUGAAACUUCAUGAUAAUCCGUUAACAGAUGAAAAUAAAGAACACGAGGCUGAUACAGCAAAUAUGUCUGACAAGGAGUUAAAGAAGCUACGAAAUAAGCAGAGAAGAGCACAAAAGAAAGCACAACUGGAGGAGGAAAAGAAGAAUGCUGAGAAAGAAAAGCAACAGAGGAAUCAGAAAAAGAAGAAAGAUGAUGAUGAUGAAGAAAUAGGAGGACCGAAAGAAGAACUUAUCCCUGAGAAAUUGGCAAAGGUUGAAGCACCUUUGGAAGAAGCAAUUAAAUUUUUAACUCCCCUGAAGAAUUUAGUGAAGAACAAAAUAGAGACGCAUCUGUUUGCCUUUGAGAUUUAUUUUCGAAAAGAGAAGUUCCUUCUGAUGCUUCAGUCUGUGAAGAGAGCCUUUGCUAUUGAUUCUAGUCAUCCUUGGCUUCAUGAGUGUAUGAUUCAUCUGUUCAGCAGCGUAUCUGAAAGUAAGGAUCUGCCUGAUGCAGUUAGAACAGUGUUAAACCAAGAAAUGAAUCGACUUUUUGGAGCAACUAAUCCAAAGAACUUUAAUGAAGCUUUCCUUAAAAAGAACUAUGACUCACUACCACAUAGGUUAUCAGCUGCCAAAAUGAUGUACUAUUUAGAUCCUUCCAGUCAGAAAAGGGCGGUGGAGCUGGCAAUGACCCUGGAUGAAUCCCUCAUUAACAGAAAUCUUCAGACUUGUAUGGAGGUAUUAGAAGCUUUAUGUGACGGUAGCCUUGGAGACUGUAAAGAAGCAUCUGAAACUUACAGAGCAAAUUGUCAUAAGCUUUUCCCUUAUGCUUUGGCUUUCAUGCCCCCUGGAUAUGAAGAGGAUAUGAAGAUCACAGUUAAUGGAGAUAGUUCUGCAGAACCUGAAGAACUGGCCAAUGAAAUAUGAACAACUUUAUUGGAAAAAAAUGACAUUGGACCAUAUCUGGUGUAUAAUAUUUUUGUCACGCACCUGCUGAAUUGUUCUAACUUACACGGAGAACAGAAGGAAAAAAAAUGUUGCCUUCAAAUAGUUUUACUUUUUUUUUAUCCUGCUGAAAAAGUAUAUAUAUAAAAUAUCUAACAUAUUACUGGAUGUAGGUUGUUCGGUUUCUUAAAAAUUAAAAGCUGCUAAAAUUGAAGAAAAAAAACCCCUUCUCCUUACCUACCUACCCACGUUUUUAAACUAAUUUAUAUGAGAUCUGGAGGCAUAUAGCCCUCAGAGCAGGUGUGUGGCAGAAAUAUUACUUUAAAUUUGUCUUGUGAGAUUACUGUUAUCUCAGACAGCAAAAAUGCUGUUUUAGCACUGGAUUCUUUCACUGAGCACAAAGAGUUGAUGGGGCUUUAGCAUCUGACUGAUUCUGAUACGGGGAUGAUUCUGUCCAUAGGAAGUACGCAGUGUGAAUCAGAAUAUACAGAGCAACCCACAACAUACGUGUUACGUUGUGGGUGCUGGGACAUACAGAUAUCAAGCAGAGUUCAGAAACAUAGUGUGUUCAAUAAGCUUGUUGUGUCUCUGAAAUUCACUGUACACGAUCAGUUUGGUGUUCUUGCACCACAGUUUUUAACCGAAGGAACCAGUUACAAUGAUCUGUCUCUUUGAAUUCAGUGGGGAGGGGGGGUGGGAAAUCAACAUUGCUCUUCUUGAGAUGAACCUGUCGGCGUAGGUUGGCCAAACUUUUUAAAACUGUAAUGCAAGAACCAAAUAAAAUUCUGCACUGUGAUGUGGCACCAAUGAAUUAGAAAGAUAGCAUGCAUUUUUCACGUAGAGUGAAAACAACAUGAGAACAUACUAUGGCUUGAAGUUGCAAAGAGGAGAACUCCUGACUACCAUUUUGACUGAUCAAGAGACUAAUAGUUUUAAAACCUCAGCAGGCCUUGUUCACGUUAUGCAGAAUAAAUAAAUAAAUAAAAGUGCUGCAGUUUAGAUACCUCUGGAACUUUUCCACAGUGUCACAGGUUUGUAAUACUUGAAGCCCUACAUUUCUAAGAAUAUAUUUCUUGCUCAGUUGUUUCAGGCAAGCCCAAGACUUUGUAACUUUUAAGGGGCCCAAGAUUUUUUUUCAAUAACAGACCAGCUUCUUAUUCCUGCAGUUACAGAUGUAAUUUCCUUUGUCAAAAAAUAAGGUACCAAAUAUAAUGCAAUAAACGUUUUGAAAAAUAAUUGUGUGAAUAUUUAAACCAAUCUCUGUUGUACUUUUGAAUGGGUUCACUAGAGUGCAGCUCAGGGUUGGCUUACUGUGCUGUCCAGUUAUGCUGAUAAUGUCACCGCUGAUGGGUGGUUGUUGAGUAUAAAGUGCAAAUGCAUUAUAUGUAAAUAGUGAAUGUAUGAGGAGUCCUAUGACACAGAAUGCUUUAUUACCUGGCUUUUAAGUUCCACCAGUGUUAAGUUGAAUUUGAUUUUCCAAGUCAAGCUUCAGUCUACAAGUCUACUGUGUUAAUAAUAUAGAUAAGUGCUCCGAUGUUUUCUUUUAUAGGCUCAUCAUAUAAAACAGAGCAGAAAAUAAAAUACAGCUUAUAAAGCGAGUGCCUUUUUUGCUGCAGGAGUUCAGUUACAGACUGUCUGUUGUAUGGAUAUACAGCCUUCCUCUUCCACAUCAUGGAAUUCACUGAUUGACACAUACAGUUAAGAAAUCCAGCAAGACUUAUUGGUGUUUGUAGACUCCUAGCUGACAGAAGAACAGGUUGGUUUUGUUUCUUGUAUAUUCAGCACCACUUUCUUUUCACAGUUAGACAUCCCUGUGUAUGUUUGCAGUGUAGUUCAUGUCAGAAAUGUAAGUUGUAUUGCUAUAUUUGUGUAUUUAAUCUGCUGGGCUUUUAGGGACUAGAAUACCUAUAGAGCCUUUAACUGACUCUGGUAUUUGUAUCUAGAUCUCGGUCUUUUCUGCAGCCUGAGAUACCUGGACUGCAUGUUUUUUGCAGCUACUGAAGAUGGUUCAAUCUUGCCUACACAAGCUAUGAGCUUUUGGCCUUGCCUCUGCGUAUUGCUGCCCUUCUCUUGGCUUCUGAUGCUUAGCUGGAGGCAGAUGAGUGCUCACUCCAGAUUAUGAAUUGCAUCAAGCUUUUCUUUUCUUUUUCCCAAAUUCUCUUUUGGGUGCUGCCUGUAAGUGGGAUUAUUUCCUUUUUCACUGCCUGGUUUUGUGUUGAAAUAAUACAUGAACUAAAAGCAGGAAGUUACUUGUUAUCUUUCAUUUUGCAAGUGGGUAAGGAUGCUUGUGGGCCUUGAAGACUCCAUCUUUACAUCUAGCAUGAUUUUCCCCGAAGACACUUUGUAACCUUGCUGAAAGGCAUCCAUAGUGCUUCAGAGAUGAUGCUUUUGGAUUAAAGAGGAUCAUCAUUCCCUUCUGGAAGACUGCAGUCCCAGGAAACUAAAUGAAGUCGAGAGUUUACUCAAAGAAGAAAGUUCUUUAAUUGGCAAAGGAAUUGCAAUUCCUUCAUCUUUGCAUCACCCUUUUUUAGAUGCAGUGCUAACUUAUGGGAAAGAGUUUUUAGGAGCUGUAGAUGAAGUUACCAUACAAUGCAAUGAGUCUUGGAGAAGUAGCAGCACAGAGUGCCAUGCUACAGUGAAAACUGCAUUACAUGCUGAGAUGUGAAAUUGUCAUCAUUGGCAUUGGGCUGCCAAAGCAGGUGAGCAGGAAUUGCAGUCAUGCUCAGAGUGACCUUGGAACAUGGCCUUGCGAAUGACAUAAUUUGAUUUCAUUCAGUUCUUUGUGAUUUUCACUGGAGAAAAAUGUUUUCACCAUUGUUGGAGCCACAGCUAUCUUUUGGGGGAGGUGGGGAGUAGGAGGGGAGUUCAAGCAAUUUUUCCCUAGACAGAGGUUCUAGAUGGUGCAAAUGCACGUUGCAUGAAGCAAUGACAGAGGCCAAAUUGGACUUGAAGUAGCUGAAAGUGGUGGUUUGUCCAAAGAUGGUAGUUGAAGUACUUGCAUUUCUAUUUGGAGACAUUCAGGCAUGUGGUAUGUGUGAGCAAGCAGGUAAAGUAGUCUCACAAUUGUCUGUUCAGUAAUUCAUUUUAUUUCAUUGCAUUUUAAAUGCCUUAAGAGCCUCUCUAUUCUUCUACAGUUACUUUUGAUUUUUGAUAGAGGUCUUAAUACUUCUGUGUUAAUAGAGGAGGAAUUAUGUCUUGAUAUGUGAUGUGUCAGCCAGAACAUGGAUGUUUGUCACUCUUUUUAUUCUCCUGACAUAAGGAGAAAAUUCCAAGUUUCCCAGGGAGUUCUCUAAGACUAGAUUACUAAUGUAUAUUUAGCCUAUUAAAUCUUCCUUUAGUGUUUCCUUUGGUUUGUUUUUCCAGGUCUGGUGGUGCUCCAGCUGUACAGUAUACCCUGGAAGUUAGUGGAGCACCUUACUCUUCAACCAGGUUGAAUUGUCAGUGUCUUCAUGAACAGAAGCUGCCGAUGAGUAGGGUGAGAUCAGGCCUGAGAAACCAGAGGUGUGAGUAAAAUUUCAGGAUUGUGUGAGCAAGUUCAAAUAAGAAAACUUAAGUUCUUUGUCUGACAAACCUGAUGCCUUUGACUGUUCAAGCAGUGGUGCCAUCAUUCUUGCAGUGCUAGCGUCCCAUACACCACACCUGUGCUUUGAACCUGUGCCGUUAGUGCUAACCACUUGAUGGGAUAAUGCAGCUCAGUAUAGUACUAAAUACUAUAGUAUUAAAAGGAUUUUUUACUUCCUUUUCCACAGUCACUAGCUUUGAAAUCUUUCCCUUGUCUUUCCCCCAACAAAGUUUGCUCUAAAAAUGCAGCUUGCACUUCCAUGGUAAUGUAAAAUAUCUCAAACUAUGUGGAAAUAAGAGUUACAUUUAUCUGAUAACAUACUGCUUUGCAAUGCUGUGGAAGAAGAUGAUGUAAAUAUAUUGUUAGUUACAUAAGUGAGGAAUCGAGCAAUCUGUAAGCUCAUUAAUGAAAGUUUAAAGUUGCAGAUUAUUUCAAUGAUUGCUGAGCUUGAGGAAUGACUCUUUCUUCCAGGAGCAUUCCAGUUGUGAACUGUUCUUAGAUGUGGGAAGGAGCAAAGGGUGUACACUCUUAGAAAACUCAUGGUUAUAUUGCCAUGAUUACAUUUCCUGGAAAAUAAAGCUGCAGUCUACAAACACCAGUUUCAAGGCCUGUUUCAGGCACAGGCUCUUCCUCUCAAGAACAUGCAGCCAGCAGUGAGGAUCAUAAAGAGCAACUGAUGGAGCAGGUCAGUAAAAGGAGACUGAAGUGAGUCAUAAGGAGGUGGUGUAAUAGGAAUUCCAUUUUAGAUUAAGUAUAAAAUAGUGGGGGUUUUAUUGAUAGAUUGCUGAAGCUGUAAAUACUAUAAAUGCAGUCUUCCCAUGCCAAGGAAGCUGUAAAUGUGUAUUGCUUUGAGUGGAACAAGCAAACAGUAGUAUCUUCACAAAGAUUCUAGCUUUGUAUGUCGGUCUUAAGGAAAUAGUGGCAGAAAACUGAGGAGGACGAAGAUCAUCCAGUUUACAAGGGACCACAUUAAAGGGUUUUUAAGAAUAUUGCAAGAGAAAUAUUACUAGAAAAUCCAAAGCAUCUUAGAAUAGCUUUCCUAAGAUGUUUGUUGUUUUAACUGAAAAUCUUACAUCUGCUCACUGUUCAUAACAAAAGACAAGAAGUACUUUUACAAAAUAUUUCUGCCUGGCACUGCCCAUUCAAUAUCUACCUCUACUAGUCAUAGUCUAGUUCAGCUACUGCAUAAUUUUAGCCAUUUAGCAUAUAACAUAUGGAAAAAAUGACAUUUACCUGGUUGGUGAACAAAUGUAUGAUGAUGGAUAACGUUUAGUUUUAAACUGUAAUGCAAUAAAUCACAAACUUAGUGAAAGUCCUGUUGUUGGUUCAGUUGCAGCGGCAUAUUUAUUGCUUCAUUGCUGGUCCAUUCAAAAAAAUCUUUAAAUUAUGAACUCCACCAAGUUACUUGCAAUUGUACUGGAGUAUGCUUUCCCUUCCAGCCUUCCUAACUGGUUAACAAUGUUGUACCGUGUUUUUACGUUCUUCGCUGGUGGUAGCAAAUAUCAAAACUGGCAGGAAGUCAAUCAAUGAAUAAAAAUGCUGAGUUCUGUUUGUAAAUGUGAGUGCUAGUGUUUCCUUGUAGGGUUCAGCGUCCUUAGAUGCCUUCCAGCG